AUGACGUCAUCAAUGGUGUCAGUGACCAGCACGGCCAAUGACAUCACCAGUGACAUCAUCAACGUGGCCAAUGACAUCACCAAUGGCAUCGAUGACGUCAUCAUCACGACCAGCAUGGCUGAUGAUGUCAUCAAUGACAUCACCAACAUGGCCAGUGACGUCAUCCACACCACCAAUGUGGUCCAUGACGUCAUCAGUGACAUCACCGACACGGUCGAUGACGUCAUCAGAGGCAGCUGUGACAUCAUCGCCAAGACCGGCACGGCCGAUGACGUCGUCGAUGGCACCGGUGUGGACAGUGAUGUCAUCGAUGACGUCACCAACACGUCCAAUGACAUCAUCAAUGGAACCAACACGGCCCAUGACAUCACCAGUGACAUCAUCAGCGUGGCCAAUGACGUCAUCAAUAGCGUUGGCGGGGUCAGUGACAUCAUCAGCAGCACCAAUGUGGUCAGUGACGUCAUUGAUGAUGUCACCGACACGGCCAAUGAUGUCAUCAAUGGCACCAACAUGACCACUGAUGACGUCAUCAAUGACAUCAUCAAUGUGGCCAGUGACGUCAUCAACACCACCAGUGUGGUCAAUGACAUCAUCAGCGACAUCACCAACAUGGCCAAUGACAUCAUCAAUGAUGUCAGUGACGUCACCAGCGAGACCAGCACCGCCGAUGACGUCAUCAAUGACAUCAUCACCAAUGGUACCAGUGACGUCAUCACCAAGACCAGCACGGCCGAUGACAUCACCAAUGACGUCAUCGACUUGGCCAAUUACGUCAUCACCACCACUGAUGUGCUCAAUGACAUCACCAGUGACAUCACCAGCAGAGCCAAUGACAUCACCAAUGACAUCAGCGUGGCCAGUGACGUCAUCACCGAGACCAGCACGGCCGAUGACGUCAUCAUGGCCAAUGACAUCAUCAAUGACACCGAUGACGUCAUCAACAGCACCAGUGUGGCCGCCGACGUCAUCAAUGACAUCAUCGACACGGCCAAUGACAUCACCGCCAGGGUUGGCACGAGUGAUGACAUCAUCAACAGCCCCGAUGACGUCACAGGC